AUCCUUAGCUCCUUCGGUCUCUCCCAGCUCCAGGCUGUUCUUCCGGUGGAGAUGGCUGCGGCCCUGGCUGGGAGGUUGCGAGGGGGUCUCCUGCCCCAGGCGGGCCGGCUGCCCACCCGCCAGACUGUCCGCUGUGGCUCCAAGGCUGUUACCCGCCACCGUCGCGUGAUGCACUUUGAACGGCAGAAGCUGAUGGCCGUGACUGAGUAUAUCCCCCCCAAGCCCGCUAUCAACCCACAAUGCCUACCAUGCCCUCCCAGCCCCCCACAGGAGGAGACAGGCCUCAUCCGGCUCCUCCGUCGGGAGAUAGAUGCAGUUUUCCGAGACAACCGAAUGAUCGCGGUCUGCCAGAACGUGGCUCUGAGCGCGGAGGACAAGCUUCUCAUGCGGCACCAGCUGCGGAAACACAAGAUCUUGAUGAAGAUCUUCCCCAACCAGGUUCUGAAGCCCUUCCUAGCAGAUUCCAAGUAUCAAAACCUGCUGCCCCUCUUCGUGGGGCACAACAUGCUGCUGGUCAGUGAGGAGCCCAAAGUCAAGGAGAUGGUGCGCGUCUUGAAGGGGUUGCCCUUCCUGCCCCUGCUAGGUGGCUGCAUCGAUGACACCAUCCUCAGCAGGCAGGGCUUCCUCAACUACGCCAAGCUUCCCAGCCUGGCCCUGGUGCAGGGGGAGCUGGUAGGAGGGCUCAGCCUCCUCUCGGCCCAGACCCGCUUCCUGCUGCAGCACCAGCCCCUCCAGCUGACGGCCCUGUUGGAGCAGUACCUCAGGCAGCAGCACGGAAGGGACGCCGCCGUGCCAGCCGGCGGGCAGCCUGGCUCUGCUGACCCCGCUCCGGACUCGUAGCCGGCCUGUUGCACUCAGCCUGCCCGCAAGCGCACUGUACCCCUGCCGGCCGUGCCAUCCUCCAUCAGAGACGUGGAAGAACUUGGGGUGGGGGGUGGCGUGCGUUACCCGACUGCACUGGCCACGACCUCCUCGGAAACGGAGCCACUCAGAGAUGGGGAGCCUCUCCGGUACCCCAUUUCCCAGUGGAGGCUCUUAAUCACUGUCUUGUCCCAGUUUUCCCCAUCCUGGGGCCUCGUGGAGGCAGUCUUCCAGCUCUCCACGUCCCAGGCAGAGAAGCCGAACAGAUGAGGUUGUGCCCUCUGCCUCUGUGUCCACUGCCCCUCGCUGCACGUGUCCCAGCCUAUCCCCUCGUGGGUCCAACGUGCUGGAACAGCUCACCUGGGUAAUGGCAUCUCUGGAGAGCCUGUUGUGCCAGGCCCCGUGCCCACCACUCUACACGGCGUUCCCUGUUUCACAGAGAAGAAAACGACAGGGCGGAGAAGUUUAAUAGCCGGCCCAAGGUCGUGCAGCUCAUAAAAGGCAGAACAGGGACUUGAAUCAGGCUGUCUCUGCUCUGAAGAUCCGUGUCCUGGGUUUCUGCCCUAGAGCUUCCUCAUUAGGGUCCCUGAGUGUCAGUUCUCCGCCCUGGGGGUGUGCCGUGUUCUGGAAAGGUUGGGAGCACUGCUUUGUGAUAAAAUGAAAUGCAUUCAUUUUACUUA